GUUUUUUCAAAGCUUGUAUUCAGAAGUUUUAGAAUUUUACUUGACAUAAUAUAUUCAUUUGGUUGAACUUGAGUCAUUGGCAAAUUGUUCGUAAAGCUGAAACUUUGCGGGUGCCUUGAGUUUGGCCUUACGCGCCUGAUUUGUCUCCUUACCCUUCGUUUUAUGCCUUUCUUCCUGCAUUUCAUGUCUUCUGUCGUUAUAACCAAUAGUAUACACAAAUCUAAAGGUUCUUUUUACUUACAAAUCAGGUAUGCAUAUCAAGAAGAGACUUCGCCGCUACAUAAGUAACAUUAUAAGCUUUACUAAUUCCCACACUCGAAACACGCUUCGUGAUCGAUCUGCUGAUUUUUAUGCAAAUGAAGUUACAGAUGAAUUGGUUGAUCUCAUGCGUAAAGUUUGGCUUCCGAUUGUUGGUCCUGGUUAUGAAAUCAUAGUUUUACAUAUUCAUAAAUCUCGCGGAACAUCAAAUUUGGGCAUAAGCAUUGAAGGUGUGACCUAUGUGGCAGAACCAGAUUUCGAUCAUGAAAAUUUAUCACCUACAACGGUUAAAACUAAUAGUCAAAUUGAAGAUAAAUCUAAUUCAAGUAGUAAACUGUUACCAAAUGGUAUGGCAAGAUCUGCUCAUUCAAAUGAUAUCAAGUAUAGUGAUAUGCCAUCACGCCAUUUCGUCCAAUAUAUUGUACCUGAUGGUCUGGUCGGUAGUUUGGGUGUUGUGCAAAAGGGUGAUGAGUUACUUCAGGCUAAUGGUCAUCGUAUACAUGGUACAACGCAUACUAGUACUCUUCGUUAUUUGCGCAAUUUACCAUCACGCAUUGAAUUAGUCUUUGCUCGUAAAAAGUCUACAUAUGAGAAUGGGGGUGAUGACGUGUUUGGUAUUACGGACGGUAAGGAUCGGUUGAUUGAUGUCGCAGGGGAAUCAAUACUUGAAGUAGCUGCUAGUGAAAUUGGUUCUGUAGAUACUGGUUCAUCUAUGAGGAUAGUGAAUACUUACGAUAAUGUUGAUCGGUCAAUUUAUUCUAGUCCAGUAUCGCCGGCUACGGCCCAUAAACGUGUCACCGAAUGGAUUCGAAAAUCUCAAGGAGAUUUAAGUGCGACUAUUGACUAUUCAUCUUCACCUGAAUCUUCUGUAACUAAACAAACUAAUAAUAAAUCAGAAAGAUUCAAUUAUUGUGAUUUAAAACACCCCCUCAAUAAUUAUGUAAAUCCGAAUUACACUAGUAAAUUACAACAACAGUAUCCAGUAAAUACAAUGAAAAACAAUCGUAAAUAUUCAUUACCCAGCACAAUACAGCGGUCAGGAACACAAAUACAUUCUAGGACUUUAGGGCGUUUACCAAUAUCAAGAUCUGGUAAAGUGUGUAUGGAAAAACAAUCUACUGAACAACACGAUCAUCGCCGUUGUCAAACUCUACCACAUUAUCAUCAUAAUCGGCCAAAUCGUAUUGAUCCUCGUUACGGUUUUAAACGACCAUGUUGGUCUUCAGUGCCUUUAAUUAUUCAACUAAAUAAAACAUCUCAUGGUUUUGGAUUUAGUAUAGCUGAAUAUGAGGAACUACCUGUUACUGACUUAGAAGGCAAUACACUCCGUAAAGCUUGUUCACUUGAUAGAAGGAGUUCUAAUAUGAUUGAAUCUGAUCGUCGAUCAUUUCAUUCCUAUUAUUCUACCGGUUCUACCAUUGCAUCAUUAUCAUCGUUACCUGGUAAGAAUUCCAAAUCUUCCAGUAGAUUGAAACGAAGAUCCACGUGGUCUAGUCGCUCCAAAUCACACGGUAUCUUAUUAGUUGACAGUUUAACUCCAGGUGGUAUUGCACAGUUGGAUGGACGUAUAUCAAUCGGCGACAGGCUGUUAUUUGUUAAUGAUAAAAACUUAAUGAAAUCUAGUGUAUUUGAGGCCGCUACUACACUAAAGUCCCUUCCUAAUGGACCAUGUUUAAUUGGUAUUGCAAAAAUGCAGUUGGAAUCAAAUGAAACAGAUGACAUUCAUGAAAAAAGCCAACAACAAUUACUACUGCCAUACCCUGUUGUCCCUUCUAGACCUUCUGUGAUUGGCAUGUUUCCAGAUACUGGUGAAAUGAAAAAGAUCAGUGUUAAGUCUGAUCUAGCAUAUCCAUUACACGUAAACACUGGUGAUAGCACUAUCGAUAAUGACGAUAAUAAUACGAUUAUGAAUGGUCUCAAUGCAACUGGAACUGAAGAUUUGGCUUUAGAUUUUUACACACUACCAUUACUUUGUCCAAAUCCUCAACUACAUGCACCCGAUUUACAAUAUGUCACUCCAGUUGACCCAACAUUAGAGAUAUCUGAGCGUUUGGAACGUGGAUCUUUACCGAUAGGUUUAAAGUUAGAUGCAUUAGCCUGUCAUGGACAAGAUGGUUGUCGUGUCGUGCAAGUUUUAGGUGGUGGGGCUGUAGCUCGUGAUCAAGUUCUUGGCACAAAUGAUUAUAUAACUAGUUUGAACGGUCUUUCUAUGCGUUAUUUAGACAAUUUAAAAGCAUUUGAAAUCUUACAUUCACUAUCGCAAAAUUCAGCUGUGAUUCACAUAACGUAUUUUCCUGCUUCCGUUAUUGAAUCUCAUCGAAUUAAAUGUUUAUCUAAAACAUUGAAUCAAACGAGUGAAAACUCUUUACAGAGAAGUUCUUUUCCAUAUUCGUCCAUUGUACAACCUAUAAAUUGGUCACCUCCGGUUGCAAUUGUACUUCAUCGUUUAGAUACUAGUCAACCCUGGGGUUUGGCUGUAUCUGGUUCUGAUAUUUGUUCAAAAUUGAAUUGUUCAGCACCAAUGAAUUUAGAAAAUCCAAGCAUUGUAUCCGAGAUAUUGCCUAAUAGCGUAGGAAAAAAUUGUAAAUUGCUUAGUUGUGGUCUAUUGAUCUUACAAAUUCAAGGUAUCGAUGUCUCCACCAAAGGUCCAAAUUAUGUCAAUGCUUAUCUGCAGUAUCUGUCGGAUCAGCCUGGUCUACGUGAAAUUCGCAUAGUUGUGUGCCAUUUUAAUGAUGAUUGUACAAAACAUAUUAUUAAUGGUGAUGUUGCUGAGAUGUUUAAUCCAGGCAAUCAAGUUAAUAUUACCAAUUAUACUACUACUACUACUACUACUGACAAUAAUAAUAAUAAUAAUAAUAAUAAUAAUAAUAACAAUAAUUUUACUGAUAAAAUGGAGUUAUCCAACUAUUUAAAUAUCUCCACACCUAUCAAUGGUCAACUAAUAUAUGAUCAUAUUGUCCACCCAGGGACAUCUCCAAGUUCCAGUGAUAUGGAAGAUCCUGAACCACUGACUGAUAUGGAGUCUCGUGAUGUGGUGGAUAUUUUAUCUCGAUCAGUGCCGUCGCCAGAUCCGAAUAAUUCUUCUGAUUCACAGCAUAAUACACAUAGGAAAACUACUCUAUGUCCACUAUCUCAACUUUCAUCGCCUAUUUUAAAAGAUGAGGAUAACGCUGUCAGUACUGAUGUUAUGUUUUCAACGUAUGAAAAAUGCGAUAAAAAAUCAAAACUACAAAAUGGCUGGGUUAGUGACAGUGUUUGUAGUUCUAGUUCUUCAUCAUUUCCUCCACCUCUACUACCUUCUAGACGAUUGUCUACAACAUCUAAAGAACAAGAGCCGACUGGUUAUUUAAAACCUAUGGUAGUUAAUGAUUCAAAUGUAAAUGAAUUAAAUUUCUAUGGUCCUGUGAAAUUGUACACACGUGAUAGCCAAGAUAAGAUACUUUUUAUUCAUCUACCAUUACUUAUUAAUUCUUCAUCAAACUACACCCAUAAUGUUAACGAAAAAACGGGAAAUUUGGGUUUGCAUCUUGUAAGCUGUUCUAAUCCCGAGAAUAUGGCUACAUUUGUUGCAAGCUGUCAAACGGAUUCUAGUGGCGGUCUUGAGUGUGGAGAUGAAAUUGUACAGGUUGAAGACGUCAAUGUCUGUGGGUUAGAUCAUAUCUCCGUUCAACAGAUUAUCCACUCAAAAAUUACCGAAUUAAUGUCGAAUAAGUAUUCAAUCAAUAACUCAAGUAAUAAUUAUUUUAUUGGUAAUGAUAAUAAUGGACAAGUGAGUGAUUCUGAUCAAUCAGUUAUCAAAUCUUUCAUUACACUAAUCAUAAGACGAAAUCCAAAAAAUUUGUCAUUAAUGUCAUUUUCACGGGAGUGCAAUGAUUCACCGUUGAGUGUAGAUAAUUUGACUGGUAGCACCUGUUCAAAAGUGUUAUCGUCAUCACCACCUAAUCCAUUACCAACUGGUUCAAAGCCAAUUCCACAUACAUUUCUAAAAGAGAUCAUGGUUGAAUUAAAUGAAGAUUUUUGGAAAUUUCAACUAUUCGACGUUAUAUUGGAAAGAGGUUCAGACGGUUUCGGUAUUUUCAUCGUUAAUUUGAGUCCAAACAAUGAACCUGGUGUAUUCGUCAGCGAAAUCCGUCCAAACAGCCCAGCACAACUACAAGGAGUUCUUAGACCUCAUGAUCGUAUACUAGCUAUUGAUGGUCAACUUCAAUGUGAUUAUGAAAGUACACUGGAAUUGUUGCAAAAAUCAAGAAAAUCUGUACGCCUAACCAUCGGUAGGCAAAUACCUUGUCACAGUGACUCACAACAAAUGCUACAAUUUGGAUAUGUAACUACAACAGGGGAUAAUCCAGACAAUGAUAUAAAGCAUCAUAAAUUAUCCAUUAUACCUGGGAUUCCUGCUACAGUUACUCUGUACAAGACUGACGGAGGUCUCGGAUUCUCGAUUGUCGGUGGAAGUGACACAGUUUUGAGUAACAUUUUGGUCCAUGAAGUACACUCUGGUGGAGCUGCUGCACGUGAUGGUCGGCUUCAAGUUGGUGACCGCUUAUUAGCUGUCAAUGGGAUCGAUCUUCGUGAAGCUACCCAAAAAGAUGCCACAAAGAUUAUACGAACAGCUGAUGACUGUAUCCAAUUGGUUGUGUACAGAGAUCCUGAACCACAAUAUAUAAAUCAAGGUGUAUUCGAAUGUCAUAAUGUUCACUUGAAACGUGAUAUGCCUGGACAAAGUUUUGGUCUGUCAUUGAUUGGUCGACCUCAUUAUUCGACUGGUACAGCUAUUGGAGGCAUUGUAGAGAAUAGUCCAGCUGCCCGUUCAAAUCUUUUGGAAGUUGGUGAUAUAAUUUUAGAAAUUAAUGGUUGGGAUAUGCGUUUGGCUAAAUCAGAUGAAGUAGUCAAUUUAUUAAAGAAUGCACAUAGCGACGUGAAAUUAUUGAUUGGACGUUACAAAACUGGGCCAUCAAUGCAUGCCUAUCCUCGAAAUCGAUUAAAUGUCUAUGUGGUUGUACUUGAACGUCGUCAAUUUGGCUUUUGUAAUGAUCGUCCUCAGGCGGGAAAACCUUAUUCUAAUGAUCCUGAUAUCCUUGUUGAUUCUGUCUGUCAAAAAACUGAUGAAAAUGAAUUACACGAUUUAAAAUCAUCAACCAACUGUAUUACCGUAAACAGCGAUCAGAAGAUUAGUGGUGAUGACGGUAAUAAUAACAAUGAUGAAAUUGCUUCAGCUGCAUUUGGUUUGCGUAUUCGUUAUGCGAGUUCACAAGAAUUAUGGGACUCACACAUUCGACUAAUCGUAGAUAGUAUUCAACAUGACAGUCCAGCAGAUCGAUUAGGAAUGAUAAUGCCGGGUGAUCGCCUGUUAAGUAUAGAUCGUGAACCGGUAGAUUGGUUGAACCCAACCGAAGUGGUCCAGCUAUUAGCUAAUCUACUGUAUUGUACAAUUGAAUUAGGUCGUUUACCGUAUUUCAACGCACCAUUAUCUGCUAACAAUAAUGCUAUAUCAGAUAAGUGCUUUAAGCCUUCUCCACCACCGGUCACUUCUUCAUUAUCUCCAUCUCAUCGAAUUCAGCAAGAUGAACAUGAUAUGUUCCCACCUUAUCCACCUCCGUCACUAGAACUACCGACAUUAUUUGGUGGUAUUAUGCCAUGUAUUGAAACACCAAGCUUUUUAAGAGAUAUGUGCACUUUGCCUGAACUACAAGAUGAAGAUGAUGAAAGUAAAAAUAAUAAAAUUAGAUUUGGACAUCGUGAGAAUGAUAAUCAUUAUCGGUUACCUGAAUCUACUUAUUGUGCAAUUAAUUCAAGCAAUCAACAAGACCAAAUUGAUUCAAUGUUGAAUAUGACACCUUUAAAUGAAGAAGAAAUUGAAAAGGCUUUAGAAUUAGCUGGAAGAGGCAGUGGAGGAUUUUUUGUACGACAGAUUUAUUUACCAGCUGCACCAGUUAAUACUAACAAUAACACCAAUUCUAGUCAUAUAUCAAAUAUUCAUUUAGGUUUACGUUUAGUUAGUGGCCCGGGUGUUAGUGGACCAGUUGUUGUUCGUAUUGAGCCGAAUUCAUGCGCUUCUAGAACCGAUAUUCAGAUUGGUGAUCGUAUUCUGGGUCUAGAUGAUAAACUGUUACUUUCUUUACGUCAAGAUAAUCAUUCUGCUGAUGAUAUACUAUGUACAAUUGAAAAUGAUUGGAUUACACGUUCAAUAAAUUCUCAGUUGACUUACGAACAAAAUCCCUGUUGUUUAACAAUUAUUAGUUAUCAUAGUUUACCAUUGUUCAGUUCAUUUGGUAAACAAGAAAGUGAUGCUAAAAUUGAAGAAAAGAAUUCAAAUAAAAACCUAGAAAAUAAUGCACAACUUACUAUAUCUUUAACAAAUUUACAUCUAACCAACGGUAAUACUUCUAAUUGUCAACAUAGCAUUAGUAGUAUUGAUAUGGGAAAUCCGAAAAAUCACAUGGUAUCUGAUACUACUACUCCUUUACCAUUCGAAUUCAAAUCACCCAUAGUGAGUAAAUUCCAACAAAAUGGAGGAGUUGGGCACCCUCAUUCAGAUGAGGAGCUACAUCCAAAUUCACCAUCAUUACAUAAUCACCGCUAUGAAUUGACUCUUGAACCAAGCGAUGAUGUCAUACAUCGCUUGCCGAAUAAAAAUCUGUUUGUAGAUGAUGCGAUCCACGUGAUAUGCGAAAAUGCUAGUACUACUACCAACAAAAAUAAUGGACAACAUUCAUCAUGUGUUGAAUCGAUAUCAUCACUUUCAACACCGCCACCUGACGAUGAUGGCGUUAUGUGCAAUCGUCCAUUGAUGAAUAUAAAUCGUAAAUUUUCUAUUCAGAAUAAUCAACAUGUCUAUAAUAACAAUGGGAUUAUGAAUAACAAAGCAUGCCUUUAACACCGACAAUAACAACAGAAGUAAAUAUACAAUGAUAUAUCUAAACAAACAGGCUCGUAUAAAUAUAAAUAAAAUGAAUACAAUGAUUUGUGUUUGGUUUUCUCCUUUUCUUAUGUAAUAUUUUAUUUCAAAUUGUUAAUAUCCUGAUUUAUUUUUUUGAUUGAGAUUUGUGUUAAGAAUAAUUCUGUUAUUACCCUCUCUCUCUGCGUAAUUUUUUUCUGAAUAAAAAAUCAUCAAUUAUUAUUUGUAAAAUGAAAAAUAUUCCCUUUUAUCAUCAAUUAUCCUCUAUCAAAAAAUCACACAGACAGUUCAGCCAACUAGUAGUAACUGUCGUUGGUGCAGUUGGGACUAGGAAUUUCAAAACACUUUAUCCACUCUGUAAUUCGAUUGCGAAGUGCAUGUUGCUCGUUUCUGAAAAAUAUUAAAAUUAUUAGCUUCCUUCAUUUUUUUCAACUACACUUUGUGUCUAUCAUAAUUAAAAGGAUUUCAAUGUUGCAUACUUCCCUUUUUCUGAAUGUGAAAUUCUUUACCUAAUUUGAUUAUUUUUACGAAUCUGGAAAGUAAUUUCUUACAUGAAAUCAACAUAUAAUUGUGAAUAUAUGGAUAUUUUUGAUUCAGUAUAUAUAAACAAAUAAAAUGAGCACUGUCAUCAAAUACAGUUAUCGUGCAACCUUUC